CCUCCCCCGCCACCCCCCCCCUGCUCCUCGCACCCCCUCAGCAAAACCCCUCUCUACACACUUCGCUCCUCUUCCCCGCCGCUGAUUGUCACACAUUGUUUACUACGGCUUGAGAUGUGACUCACAACAACACAACCAGGCUUACCUGCUGCUGGAGUAUACCGCUCUGACAACUGAGGGAUUCUGUCGGACGCGCACCGUGGUGUAGUGCGUCUUGGUUUUAUUUGGGGACCGGCUUGGUGUUGUGGAGGAGACUAUACCCCUUUCUGCCAUGACAGUGGAUUUGUUUGCGCUUUUAGGCGUGCUGGUCAUCACAUCCUCUGCGAUGGAAGAGACCGUGAUGGACACUCGGGUGGCCACAGCUGAACUGGGCUGGACAGCGUAUCCUAAUUCUGGGUGGGAGGAGGUGAGCGGCUAUGAUGAAAACCUCAACACAAUCAGGACCUACCAGGUGUGUAAUGUCUUCGAGCCCAGUCAGAACAACUGGCUCCUCACCACCUUCAUCGAUCGGCGUGGCGCGCAGCGCAUCUACGUGGAGAUCAGAUUCACCGUGCGUGACUGCAGCUCCAUCCCCAACGUCCCCGGCUCAUGCAAGGAGACGUUUAAUCUCUAUUACUAUGAAACUGACGCCGUCAUCGCCACUAAAGGCACCGCCUUCUGGAUGGAGGCCCCUUACCUCAAGGUGGACACCAUUGCUGCAGAUGAAAGCUUCUCGCAGGUGGACUUUGGCGGACGCCUGAUGAAGGUCAACACAGAGGUGCGGAGCUUCGGCCCGUUGUCUAAAAAUGGCUUCUACCUGGCGUUUCAGGACUACGGCGCUUGCAUGUCCCUGCUGUCGGUCAGGGUCUUUUAUAAGAAGUGCCCAAGUGUGGUGCAGAACUUUGCCAUCUUUCCAGAGACCAUGACGGGGGCUGAGAGCACCUCGCUGGUGAUCGCGAGAGGCAUCUGCAUUCCCAACUCAGAGGAAGUAGACGUCCCUAUAAAGCUGUACUGCAACGGAGACGGAGAGUGGAUGGUUCCUAUCGGUAGCUGCACGUGCAAGGCUGGGUUUGAGCCUGACAACGGCAACGUAUGUCGAGCAUGCCCGCCGGGUACCUUCAAGUCAACCCAGGGUCCAGGUCUGUGUCUACAGUGCCCUCCUAACAGCCGCUCCACAGCUGAGGCCGCCACCAUCUGUGUGUGCCGCAACGGCUACUACCGCGGCGACGCUGAUCAGCCGGAUGAACCCUGCACCAGUGUCCCCUCCAGCCCAAGGAACGUGAUCUCCAUUGUGAACGAGACUUCUGUGAUCCUGGAGUGGCAUUCUCCCAGGGAGACGGGCGGCCGCGUCGACGUCGUCUACAACAUAGUGUGCAAGAAGUGCCGGGCCGACCGACGCUCCUGCUCCCACUGCGACGACAACGUGGACUUCGUCCCUCGACAGCUGGGUCUGACUGACACCAGGGUGUUCAUCAGCAACCUGUGGGCCCACACGCUUUACAGCUUUGAGAUACAGGCUGUCAACGGAGUCAGCAAUAAGAGCCCGUACCCUGCCCAGCAUGUCUCCAUAGACAUCACCACCAACCAGGCUGCUCCCUCCAUAGUUCCCAUCAUGCACCAGAUCAGCUCCACCAUGAAUAGCUUCACACUGUCUUGGCCACAACCAGAACAGCCCAAUGGCAUCAUCCUGGACUAUGAACUGCGCUACUACGAAAAGGACCAUGCCGAGAUUAACUCCACCAUCCUGCGAAGCCAAACUAACACCGCACGCGUGGAGGGCCUCAGGCCGGGUACAGUCUAUGUGGUACAGGUGCGGGCGAGGACUGUGGCUGGCUUUGGCAAAUACAGCAGCAAGAUGUGCUUCCAAACCCUCACAGAUGAUGACUUCAAGUCUGAGCUGAGGGAACAGCUUCCUCUGAUUGCGGGGUCAGCAGCAGCCGGAGUGGUCUUUAUUGUUUCCCUUGUUGCUAUCUCCAUCGUGUGCAGCAGGAAAAGGGCAUACACCAAGGAGGCGGUGUACAGUGACAAGUUGCAACAUUACAGCACAGGAAGAGAACUCUCUUUGCGAGCCGACAUGUCUAACUGCCCCUCCCCACUGGGCUGCCCGACCCACUUCUCAGGCUCCCCGGGGAUGAAGAUCUACAUCGACCCCUUUACCUACGAAGACCCCAACGAGGCUGUGCGAGAAUUCGCCAAGGAGAUUGACGUCUCCACCGUCAAGAUCGAGGAGGUCAUCGGUGCAGGUGAAUUCGGGGAGGUGUACAAGGGCCGUUUGAAGCUGCCUGGUAAGAGGGAGAUCUAUGUAGCUAUCAAGACCCUGAAGGCAGGCUACGUGGACAAGCAGAGGCGGGACUUCCUGUCCGAGGCGUCAAUCAUGGGCCAGUUCGACCACCCGAACAUUAUCCGUCUGGAGGGUGUAGUCACAAAGAGCCGUCCGGUCAUGAUCGUCACAGAGUUUAUGGAGAAUGGCGCCCUUGACUCAUUCCUAAGGCAAAAUGAUGGUCAGUUCACGGUGAUCCAGUUAGUGGGGAUGAUGCGCGGGAUCUCAGCUGGGAUGAAAUAUCUCUCAGAAAUGAACUACGUCCACCGCGACCUUGCUGCACGAAACAUUCUGGUCAACAGCAACCUGGUGUGUAAAGUGUCCGACUUUGGCCUGUCACGCUACCUACAGGACGACACCUCUGAUCCCAGCUACACCAGCUCUCUAGGUGGGAAGAUCCCAGUGAGGUGGACAGCACCAGAAGCCAUCGCUUACAGGAAGUUCACCUCAGCCAGUGACGUGUGGAGCUACGGCAUCGUCAUGUGGGAAGUAAUGUCAUUUGGAGAGAGGCCUUACUGGGACAUGUCCAACCAGGAUGUGAUUAACGCCAUCGAACAGGACUACCGUCUGCCGCCGCCUAUGGACUGCCCCAGUGCUCUGCACCAGUUGAUGCUGGACUGUUGGCAGAAGGACCGUAACGUACGACCCCGCUUCGCCGACAUCGUCAGCACCCUGGACAAGAUGAUCCGUAACCCCACCAGCCUCAAAGCGGUAGCCAACAUCCCUGCAGUGCCUUCUCAGCCACUGUUGGACAGAUCCAUACCUGACUUCAACACUUUCAGCUCAGUAGAGGACUGGCUCGCCGCCAUCAAGAUGAGCCAGUACAGAGACAACUUCCUCAACUCAGGCUUUACCUCCCUGCAGCUGGUGGCGCAAAUGACCUCAGAGGACUUGCUGAGAAUAGGAGUGACCCUGGCAGGCCACCAGAAGAAGAUCCUCAGUAAUAUCCAGUCCAUGAGGGUGCAGAUGAGCCAGUCACCCACGACUAUGGCAUGACUACAGGGGGCGCUGUGCCACGGAGCGGGCAGCAUUCGCAGGACCAACAACAAUGGCAGCCCUCGAAUGACCCCCGAUCCAUCGGAACGCGCCAGAGUCGAGACUAUUGUCUUAAUCUAAUCCACUACCAUGACAACAGGAGACCAGGGUCUACACUAUCACAUGGUUAUCACACUUCAUGCAAUCCGCGCCAGGAGUUCAGGGUCCAGACUUGAUGCUGUUUCUCCAUGUAUCCACAAUAUGAAGACAGAUAUCAGUCGCUGUGGUUAUGGACUGCCAUUCAUGUCAUUGUAAACCAAAAUAACUCCCAACAAUCCGACAUCGACACAGGGAAUCUCUCACAAUCUCAGACUGUAUGGUAAAACGAGUGAUAUUGUACUUCUAUAUUAUCUGGACUAGAAGAUGUUAAAAUUGUAAACCGAAGUGUGAGACAUUUAGAAACAACGUGUGACCUGUGAUUUUACCGUCGUCAAUGUGUGCAAUGAAGAUGCCUUGACACUGGCCAGAAAUAAGUCCCGGAAGAAAAAGCAAUUACCACUAGGAAUAAUUAGAGGGAGAAGAAUACAGGGAUGUACAGUGGAGCACCAUUUUCAACUUUCACGUCAUCUUUUUGCUCGUUUGAAGAAUUUGAAAAAUGUAUUGUAAACGGACUGGUCGAAAAUUCAGAGCCAGUUUUAUUUUUUGUCUUUUACCAUCUUGUUUGUUUGUUUUUUAUCACUAUAGCAAGAUGCCGCCCACUCGUAUUUUAACUUUAACACUACCUGUGGAGUCCUGGGUGGAAGGCCUUGCCAAAGGACUUCUUAACCAGCCCCACCCAGAUUCAGAGAAUAUAAAUAUGUUUAUCUCUUGCUAAAUAUGAUUAUAUCUUUCAUAAUAAACCUUCAUAUUGAAGGUGAUAUGUAUGAAUAUGUAUGUACAGAACUCUCUGCUUGCAUUUUUGGCAAAGACAUGUUUGUUGACUAGAUUGUGAUAGACACAUGCAAUGUGUAGAUUCCCUACGGCGCCCCGGUUCCCUUCGGACGGCCGAACAACGGACACUGGGUUGUACGUCUCCCUGUUCCAGGGGCACAAGGACAAUCCUGACUGAAUCUUAACCUGAGGAAAACAUUAAAGGAAUUGUGGGCAAAGAAUUGGUAUUGUAGAUCUAUAUGAAAAUUGCUGUAGGAGUUAAAAUAAUUGACAAAAUAUCCAUUUAUUGGAGAUCAUGUUUAAUGUGGGUGUACACAUGCUGUCUCUUGCUGGUGAGCACUUACUUGUACAGAUAUGUUUUAUGUUUUUAUUUCUUUUUGUUCUGUUGCUGUUUGUUUGUGUUGGGAAAGCUCAGCAACAUCCAGAGGGGGAAGGAAACUCCACGCUUCGGCCCGGCCCAAAUCCAUGGUAAAUACCCGCUGAUCACACAAGAAGAAAACAUAACAUCAAAUUGCUCUGUAUCUAUUAGAUUUUAUUUCAGGCAAAUCCAGUUAGUCUUUCUCAUGGGUGCUGCAAAUAUCUUGGGCAAGGCAAGAUUCGCUGCAAGUUUGAAAUGCAUAGGAGAGUAGCGAAUCACAGCACUGGAAAUUGGAGUGAAUCAGCAUCGCAGUGAAAGUGAACAUCUGGGCUGAGGUUUGCCAACAGACGCCUGAUGCCAUUCCUAUGAACGGGCAGGCUUAAACAGCCCACACGGGCACACUGCUCACAGUGUAGCCAAAACCUUCCAUAGACUGCUGUAGCUAAGCUGCUGAGUAAAUCUAUGCACUCUCACUGUAUGCUGCUGCCAUAUGGGAAGGCAGGUUGAGCGCAAACGCUGUUGUGCUACAGAGAGUUUCGCGCAUAUAUGAUUCUCUCCAUAAGUCUUAGCUGCAGGAAUUUGUGUUUGGAAAUGCACUCGUUGGUAGUAUUUGAUUGCAAGAUGUCUACAUUGUUCCCGAGGGAUGCUGCGGAUGACUGUCUGUGAAAUUACACUGCACUAUUUUGGAAUAUAUUUUGAGGAUAGUUCUGGAUAGUGCACAAGGAUGAUUUCUCUUUUUUAUAGUCUGGGGAUGGUCUCUCAUGAUUGCAGUGUGAUUGGUCUGUGCAAUGAGACGGUGUCAGGACAGCUUGGUGAUGAGUAGUGGUGGUUUUUGCUUACUUUCUUUCCGUCUAGCAGGUCGCAUGCUUCAGGCUCAGAGUUUGGGAAAGCUAUGAGGAAUUGUUAUAUUUCAUAAAUCAAGUUUUGUCAAGUGUUGAUGAAAUACUACCAACAACACUGACCUUUAAAAGUGGAGGCAAACCGACCUGAAUGUUCCUGGGGUAAUAUUCCUUUGACAUGCAACCAUGGCAGCAAAGUCUCUUAGCUCACAGACAAUUAUCAUGAGCUAUUGUACUAUCAACUCUUUGCAGUAGCUUGUGACCCUGCUGAAAUCCCUUUUGGCCCUAUUUGAAGAGACAUGAGUGAAGACGGUUAUAACCACCUUGCAUCCAAAAUUAGAAAUUGAUGGCAGACCCAUUAGCAGAUUAUUAAGUAUACUCACCCCCCUCAAGUCAUCCUCCUCCUCUGUCUGUCCUGCCCUCUCUGCCUGGCUACUCCCGCUAGCUGGCACAUCUCCAGCUCAUUCAUCCUGGGUGUAACCAAGCUGUCCUGGGCUGGGCUGGGCUGGGUUGGGCCAGGGCCGCCCCGGCCUGAGAAAUGGUUGGCUCCAUGCUCCAGUGGGCCCAGGCAGGGGUGUGAGCACCUGCCGGGACCCCCAUCUGACAGGCAUCUGAUCAGCCACGGGGAGGGAGACUGAUGGGACCGUUAAAAAACAAAUACACACACACACACACACUAAAGAACCCUCAAUUAUGUUAUGCCCACGUCUGGUUUCCAGCCUGAUGCUUAAUGAAGAGAAAGUGGGCAGAGAGCCGACAGAGUGCGUGUGCAUAUGUGAUAGAAAGAGGGGGGAUGAGUCAGUUUACAGGAGGGUGGGGGUCACAGGACAGACGUGGCAUAAAGACGGGAUGUUAGAUGAAAGUCAGAAAGUUAGCUCUUUGAUGUGAAUCAGCCCCUUUCUUCUGGCAGCGCGGUUUAUGUGGCAACAUCUUUGUCAUUGUAUAAUUUCUUUUGGUUUAGUUUGGUAACGGAACAUACCGUAAUCAAGCAACUGGUUUGCCUCAUGGGCAAAAUCAAUUGCUUUCUCUUUUUCCAUUUAUCAAUAUAAUAAUAAUCACAUGCUUCUUGAGAUUGGCAUAAAUCCCUCUCGCUGAAGCCAAUGAUUCAAUUUGAAUGCAUUAGUCCUCUAUUCAGCUCAGCCUCGUGUAUUUGCUUUUCACCCCAAGAGCCUGUGAAUGAGAUGAUAGAAUGUAUUCAUUAUGCAACAGUGUAAUUCUCCAUUUGCUCUGUUUGUCUUUCUAAAUAUCUGACUGUAAUGACACUCCAGUGUGAUGAAUGGAGAGGCGGGUCGCCAUCCCUCUCUGCAAAGCCGCUUUUGUAUGGAAGCCAUUCAUCACACACUGAUACAAAACACAAGAACAGAGCUUGUUAAAUGUUUCACGGUGCCGUAACUGUCGGAGAAGUGACCAACGAUCCUUUUAGUAGCUGAUACCAUGCCUAUCAUUUAUAGGUCAGAACCGUAUAGAAGCCGUGUUCACCUGAAAACGGCCUGACACGACACCCUACAAAACUACUUAUUAAACUACUCCAUUCUCUUUCUUUCCCCUUCUGUUUCAGACUGUGGACUCAAAGAUUUACACACAUAUAAAACAGCAUAUACACAACACAAUUUCACAUGCACACACACACCAUGAACACUUGCUGUGGGCAGCCAGUGGGCAGGAAGAACAGAGAGACCUUUCCAGGAUACCAGUCACAACCUCCCCCUAUGGUACACAAUGGAUGAGGAAGCUGAAUAUGAGUGUGCACAUGUCAUAGUUUGUUUAUUUGUGUGCAGGAGAGUGAAUGUUUGUGUGUGUGCGUAGCGGGCACAUUUGUGUGUACAGACAUUUAUGUGUGCACAGGUACAUUGUUUAAGUUUUCCUCUUUUUUUUUGUUUCUGUAUAGCUACAGUACCACUUGUAAAUUGUGACAAGUACGUGUCAAGAGUUUGUAAGCUGUAACUUUCUGAGAACUAUUGUACUAAAAAUGCACUCAAUAAACGCCUUGGAAAACAAGUC